AAAAUGUUUAACGUGUAAUUUAAACUCUGUAUCGAAAGAGAGACACCGAGCAUUGAGAUGGUGAAUGAAAAGGAAUUUUGGACGGAAGUGCGGAAAGAUAUACCGCGAUACAGAAAGAGAAAGCCACGAGUAGUUCCUGCGUUCACUAUUCAGGCGUUGCAGGAAAAUACGGUUGUAGCGAAACCUCCGCCGUGUGGACUGUACAAACCUCGUCCACCGAAGCCGUCGAUUUUCAGAAAGUUUUACAAGCGCGGCGUAUUCCCCAUCUCCUUGGAGAACGACGGCUACGAUCAGAAAAUUAAUUGGAAGAUAGACAUAGAAGAUUUGGAUUUCCAUCACUAUUUGCCAAUGUUUUUCGAUGGAUUAACGGAAACGGAACAACCGUACAAGUUUCUGGUAGAGCAAGGAAUAUCAGAUAUGCUAGAGCACGGUGGGCCAAAGAUACUGCCUGUUGUUCCGCAGUUGAUCAUUCCUAUUAAAAACGCCUUGAAUACAAGAAUGCCCGAGAUAAUCUGUACCACGAUGAAAGCGCUUCAACGUUUAGUACGAUCGGCUGACUGCGUCGGUGAAGCCCUAGUCCCUUACUUUAGACAAAUCUUGCCUAUUCCAAACUUACUCAAAGAUAGAAAUGUAAACCUUGGCGAGGGCAUCGAUUAUUCUCAACAAAGAGGAGAGAACGCAGCAGAUAUUAUACAAGAAACGCUCGAAAUCUUGGAAAGAUACGGUGGUGAGGAUGCUUUCAUAAAUAUUAAAUACAUGGUUCCCACCUAUGAAUCCUGCAUGAUGAAUUAAUAGACAGACGACAACACUGUG